AGAUAGUUGACAGAUAGCAGUACAUAUCGUUGACACUUGUAUAGUAUAUUCUCAUUCAAAUUAGAAUAUUCGAUUGAACCAUUUGUUUUCACACGAUCGAAAAAUAUAAAAAUGUCGUUUGAAGGAAAGGUUAUUUUAAUAACUGGUGCCAGUUCUGGCAUUGGAGCCGCAACCGCUGAAUAUCUAGCCAAACAGGAUGCAAGUUUGGUUUUAAUUGGCCGCAAUGAUGAAAAAUUACAGAAAGUGGUCGAUUCAUGUUUGAAAUCAACAAACAAUGUGCUCAAAAUUAUUGCCGAUGUGUGCAUCGAGGCGGAUGCAAAUCGUAUAAUUCAAGGGACAAUUUCCAAAUUCUCAAAAUUGAAUGUAUUAAUCAAUAGUGCUGGUAUUAUUCAAUCUGGCUCAAUUGAAACAACCACAAUUGAACAAUAUGAUCGCAUAUUUGAUGUCAAUGUUCGAGCCCUAUUUCGUAUAACGCAACUGUGUAUUCCGCAUUUAAUCGCCACCAAAGGUAACAUUGUAAAUUUGUCGAGCGUUUGUGGUAUUCGAUCAUUCCCAAAUGUUUUGGCUUACAACAUGUCAAAAUCGGCCGUCGAUCAAUUUACAAAUUGUGUGGCACUGGAGCUAGCCGAAAAGGGGGUUCGCUGCAAUAGUGUAUGUCCGGGAGUGAUAAAAACUGAACUUCACAAACGUGGUGGCAUGGAUGAUGAGGCAUAUGAACGUUUUUUGGAACAUUGCAAAAAAACACAUGCUCUCGGUCGUGCAGGAAAUGUUGAUGAAGUUGCGGCGGCAAUUGCAUUUCUUGCUAGCGAUGCUGCUAGUUUUAUUACGGCUGUUCAAUUGCCAGUCGAUGGUGGACGACAUGCAAUGUGCCCUCGUUAAAAUAAGGAAAACACAUUCAAUCAAAGUAUAUUCUUCAAAAAAUAUUAUACGAUACAUUUUGUACCUGGAUUUAUUGGAAAUCGAGAAUAUUCAUUUGCAAUUAUGUACAAUAAAUAAAUGUUUAA